AUGCUCGAGUUCCGGACCCAAGGCUUUCAAGGCUAUUCAGUCAAGUAUUCUCCAUUCUUUGACAAUCGGAUAGCCGUCGCCGCAGCUGCAAACUAUGGCUUGGUUGGCAACGGGCGGCUCUUCGUCCUGGAGCUGACCUCGCACGGCAUUGUACCUCUCAAAGUUUACCCUACACAAGACGCCCUUUACGACGUAACCCAUUCUGAAGCACACUCCUUUCAUCUCCUGACCUCCUCUGGUGACGGUGCGCUGCGUCUCUAUGACACGUCCUUGGCUCCCGAGUUCCCCAUUGCAAAGUUCGAAGAGCAUUCUCGAGAAGCCUUUUCAUGCAGCUGGAAUCUCACAUCAAAGGCAACCUUUGCCUCUUCUUCGUGGGAUGGCACCGUCAAGAUAUGGAAUCCGGAACGACAGCAGAGUCUGCUGACACUGCCUACCCAUUCGUGCACAUACAGUGUCCAAUGGAAUCCUCACAACGAUGGCAUGCUCAGUGCUGUAUGUUCAGACAGCCAUCUGCGGGUGUGGGAUUUGAGGACACCCGCAAGUGCAAGCAAUCAUCUUGUAUUGCAGAUCCCGAUACACGCCGCUCCGCUGUCGGCCGGCGCUGGCAUGGGGAAAAUUCAACCAACCUUCCCACCUGCGGAAGCCUUGACUCAUGAUUGGAACAAGUAUCGAGGUACAGUCGUCGCGACGGGUGGUGUUGACAGAAUCAUUCGAACGUUCGACAUUCGUCAGCCCAAGGGCCCGCUGCAGCUGUUGCAAGGUCACGGUUACGCGGUACGGAAGGUUGCAUGGAGCCCACACCUCCCGGAUCUGCUACUCAGCGCCAGCUACGACAUGACCUGUCGAGUCUGGACGGACGGCGGCGAGCAAGGAGGCCCCGCCAGAGAACUCGGCAGUAUGGGAAGACAUACCGAGUUUGUGACUGGGGUCGACUGGUGCUUGUUCGGGUCCGAAGGGUGGGCUGCCAGUUGUGGUUGGGACGAACGUCUCUGCGUUUGGGAUGUGCGAACAGUCAUGCGUUCGUGA